AUGUCUGAACAGGCAGCAAAGGGGCCCGGGCCAUGUGGGGCGUUGCUUCUGCGCCUGGGGGGGUGUAUGUGGCGGGGCAGCACAGGGGCAGAGGCGGGGGGUGUUCGUGUUUUACUGGCUGCCUUCUGGGCUGGAGCGGCAGGGGAGCGCGGGGGGGGGGACCCUGAGGGACAGUACUUGGGCAGGGCCGGGUGGGGGCCCGUGGGGAAGAGGUGGCAGGGGAGGGGGUACUUGUUUGUCUGGGUGCGGAAGGCAGUAGGGUGGUUUUUUAACCAGGAUGCGUCUGUGCUGGGAGUGGGUGUAUGCUGGGGAACAUCUUUCUCCGUGGGCGGGUGUGGUCCGUCCGCCCCGGGUUUUCAAACCUCCUUUUCUCCCGGGCCGCAGAAGGGGGGGGGGGGGGGGUGGGAGGGGGACCCCACGGGCCCGCCGGGUUGGCAGGGCAUUUGGGAUUUUGCACCCCGGGGUUCCUGGGAAGGCUGCCCAGUUCCCGGGGGGGCAGUGGAGAGGGGGGUUGAUCCGGCUGUUUCCUGUUGGUGGGGACUGACCGGGAAGGGGGUGGAUUUAAGAAGUUAA